AUGAUAACCAAUAGUAAUAAAAAUGAAACAUUAUUUUAUAAAGUUUUUCAUAAUAAAUAUUUAUUCAAUUUAAUAUUUUAUCAUAUUCGCGCAACUGAAUGGGUCAAAUACAGUGAUAUCAGAAGAAUUAACAAUGAAAAUAGAAAGAAAUUCAAAGAAAUAACCUCAUUGGAUUGGUUACUAAAAAAUAAAGAAUACCAGUUACUUAAAUGUAAAUUAGAAGCCAAGGAAUAUAUC